AUGUCAUUUAACUUAAGUAAGUCAUUUUCCAAUGAUUUGGAAUCGUCAGGAGCAGACUCUGCUAUUACACAUUAUAGAGAUUUUCCAGAAUUUGAUAGCCUAUCACAGAGUCUUGACAAUAAUUUGUAUAAUAUAAACAAUAACCAAUUGAUUUCUAUAAAAAACUUGUUACAGCAAUACGAAAGCUUGCAUAACAAAGGAGAUGAGCCGAAUUUAUCAGUUAAGUUGCAAAAAAUAUCGAUCAAACUUUCGAAAAUAUUGAAUAAGACGACAGAAAAUUUCAAGUCAGUAAAUGAUAUAACGAAGAAAUUGAAUGGUUAUCUCAAUGAUUGCGAGUCUAACCACGAGGAUGAAGAUACAUUACACUAUUUGAGACGAAAGGAGUCGAUAUUGAUAGAGUUAAUUAAAUCGAGCAUGAACCAAUUUCAGAAGUACCAAAGGAAGUUUGAAUCUUUGCAGCAAGUAACAGUUGCGAAAUAUGGCAUAAAUAAUGAUCCUGAUGCUACAGCUUCUAGAGGUGCUACAGAGGAUUCUAACCUGGAACAGCAGCUGCAACAGUUACAGAUGCAGAUCGAUUAUGAGCCUAUUAAUGCAGAAGAAUUGGAACAACAAUCAUUGUUAGUUGAAGAAAGAGAAAGAGAAAUACACCAAAUAUCCCAGGACAUUUCUGAAAUUAAUGAUAUUUUUCUGAACUUACAUGAUAUCGUCAAUGAGCAACAAUUUUCAAUUGACAAUAUAGAGGAUAACAUCUUGAGAUAUAGUGGUGAUGUACAUGGAGCGUCCAACGAAUUGAGAAAAGCAGAAAGAUAUCAAAGAAGAUCCGGAGGUAGGAUGUUUUGUUGCCUCAUAAUUUUAUUGGGGGUUGUCGGUAGUGUUAUUUUAAUCGGGAUUAUAUUUUAG